AUGCUACUUCCUCCUCACAUGGAUAAAAUACCAGCUGACGUGGUCAGCUCCAAUUUGUCGUCACAUCUCCCAAAACCAACGGUUACGAUUCCAGCACAAGUCACUGUCCCAAACGAGAAACCAAAAAGGAUCUCAAAUUCUUACACUACCAGUACUGUUCAUAGUCGUCAUAGUAGACCCCUUUCGACACCUAAAAAGUCCACUGCGCGUGUCUGUGUGCGAGUUCUCCUAUCCUC